AUGGAACCAGAUAUGUGCAUACAGAUGUUGCAAGAACUUGGCCAAAAUGAUGUGAAUGUCAGCACUGUUAUCAUGGACAAUGAUUCAACAACUGUUGCAAGAGCACGCUUGGAGUUGCAAGUAAAACACCAAAGUCCACUUUCUGCUGGAUCCAAGAGUAAUGACUUUCGUAUUGCUGCUGCUGUGGCACAGAAAAAUUUAGGACAUCAAUAUGUAAUACAGAAGUCACAAGAGUCAUCAGAGAUUAGGGAGGGAACAACAUACAAAACAUGUGUUGAUCUAAACAACAAUGAAGGAGACAUGGAAAACAUUACAGAGAUACCGCCACCUCUGAGAAAACCCCAGUCUACUCCUAUUGUCCAUGACCAGUGCACAUUUGUUUAUUUUGAUUUGGAAACUACAGGCCUUGGUAAAGAUUGUGAAGUCACCCAGAUUGGUGCAUAUGCCUCUGAGAAAUCGUUUUCGCAGUAUAUCCUUCCAUCUACACAGCCCAUUUCACCCUCUGCCACUGCUGUAUCGGGUAUUGCUGUGAAGGAGAAUAUUAUGUUCAAGAAUGGAGUACAGGUGCCAUGUAAGAAUGCAAAGGAUGGUAUAGAAACAUUUAUUACAUGGUUGAAAAAUUUUUCCAACAUAGUGUUAGUUGCUCACAAUGCAAAAUUCGACUCGAAUGUUAUAAUCCGUGCAAUGCAUCAAGUGGGACUAAGAGCCAGUGACUUCAUUAUUGGGUUUGUAGACACACUACCUCUAUUAGAGAAGCUGUUCCCAACAGAAAGUCUUACAAACAAGUGGAUCUUAUGA